AUGCGCGAGAUUGUUCACGUCCAGGCCGGCCAGUGCGGUAACCAGAUCGGCGCCAAGUUCUGGGAGGUUAUCUCCGAUGAGCACGGUGUCGACCCGACCGGCACCUACCACGGUGACUCGGACCUUCAGCUCGAGCGCAUCAACGUGUACUACAACGAGGCGACCGGCGGCAAGUACGUCCCGCGCGCUGUGCUCGUCGAUCUCGAGCCCGGUACCAUGGACUCUGUCCGUGCUGGCCCGUACGGCCAGAUCUUCCGCCCGGACAACUUUGUGUUCGGCCAGUCUGGCGCCGGUAACAACUGGGCCAAGGGCCACUACACCGAGGGUGCCGAGCUCAUCGACUCUGUGCUUGACGUUGUCCGCAAGGAGGCCGAGUCGUGCGACUGCCUUCAGGGCUUCCAGAUCUGCCACUCGCUCGGUGGCGGUACCGGCUCCGGCAUGGGCACCCUCCUGAUCUCCAAGAUCCGUGAGGAGUACCCCGACCGGAUGAUGUGCACCUUCUCGGUUGUGCCGUCGCCCAAGGUGUCGGACACGGUCGUCGAGCCGUACAACGCCACGCUCUCUGUCCACCAGCUCGUCGAGAACUCGGACGAGGUCAUGUGCAUUGACAACGAGGCCCUGUACGACAUCUGCUUCCGCACCCUCAAGCUGACCACCCCGACCUACGGUGACCUCAACCACCUCGUGUCGGCGGUCAUGUCGGGUGUCACCACCUGCCUCCGCUUCCCGGGCCAGCUUAACUCGGACCUCCGCAAGCUCGCGGUCAACCUUGUGCCGUUCCCGCGCCUCCACUUCUUCAUGAUUGGCUUUGCGCCGCUCACCUCGCGUGGCUCGCAGCAGUACCGCGCCCUCACCGUUCCGGAGCUCACCCAGCAGAUGUUCGAUGCCAAGAACAUGAUGGCCGCCUCGGACCCGCGCCACGGCCGCUACCUCACCGCUUCGGCCAUGUUCCGCGGCCGCAUGUCGACCAAGGAGGUUGACGAGCAGAUGCUCAACGUCCAGAACAAGAACUCGUCGUACUUUGUCGAGUGGAUCCCGAACAACAUCAAGUCGUCGGUUUGCGACAUCCCGCCCAAGGGCCUCAAGAUGUCGGUCACCUUUAUCGGUAACUCGACUGCCAUCCAGGAGCUCUUCAAGCGCGUCUCGGAGCAGUUCACGGCCAUGUUCCGCCGUAAGGCUUUCCUCCACUGGUACACCGGUGAGGGCAUGGACGAGAUGGAGUUCACUGAGGCCGAGUCGAACAUGAACGACCUCGUCUCCGAGUACCAGCAGUACCAGGACGCCACCGCCGAGGAGGAGGGCGAGUGGGAGGACGACGACUUUGGCGACUACGAGCCCGAGUACUAGACGUUG